AUGAACAUGUACUGGUCCACUUGUAAAGCCACUUCAGAGAAAGCACAAAACACAAGACAGAUUCCCUACUCAACCAACCUCACUCCUCUUGAAAUAGAAAUGAGAAAGGAAAAGACUACGCCAAAAAGGACAGUUAAUGUCAGUAAACAUAAAGGAAAGGCCAUCCUUGAUUCACGUAUAAGAGUGUCAAAUGAACUGGGUGCAGGGCGUCCACAAGCUGCACGGUUAGCUCUGCAGGUGAUGAUCAUAAUGGCACUCUCUGAGGGGUUAGUUGUUGGAACUAUAACCAUUUUGGCUCGAAAUGUAUGGGGAAAACUCUACAGUAAUGAAGAACAAGUGAUCAACUAUGUUGCAAAUAUGUUGCCUUUACUAGCAAUUUCAGAUUUCUUGGAUGGAUUUCAAUGUGUACUAUCAGGGGCUGCUAGAGGAUGUGGAUGGCAAAAUAUGUGUGCUUGUAUUAACCUCGGGGCUUACUAUGCUGUGGCAAUUCCUUGUGCUUUGUUGUUUGCUUUUGUCUAGAAAAUUGGAG